AUCCCCCGCCAUCCUCAGUUUGUCACCACCAUCCUCCAUCCUUCACCAACUCUCGUCACCAAUCUUGCUCCUCCAAAUCCUCACACCCACAUCUCAUAAAUCCCUUAAGUAGCAACUCAAUGCUCCCCACUCCACUACAGUCACAUGUUGCCUUCAACAACACCUUGGGUUUC